AGUCUAGUAUGUUACUUUACAGCUAGCUAUAUAUUCUAACUCUACGUUAUUGUUGUGAUUAGACUUUGUGUCUUAUUUGUUUUGUUUUUUCCCUCUAUUCAUUUGUCGACUAUUUUUCAAAAGAAAGUUAUGCUCAUCAUAUUAAUCACAAAUUGUCCAUUGUAAGAUCAAAACCAGUUGAGUUUUAACGAAUUCAUGAUGAAGCAAGUGUAGCCUUCUGUGAUAAUAAACCUAUGGGCUAUAGACACUACUUUGAAGCCUUUGAGAGGCAAGUGUACACACGCGCCUUGUUUAUUCUCUCUCAAAACACAUCUCCCUUUUACGUUAGGGUUGGAGUCGCUACAGUUAACGGCAGCAACGCCGGAGCUUUAACGACCUCCGUACCCACUCGGAAUCUGAGCUACAAGACGGAGUAGUCGAGAUCUGUGGUUCGAUGAAGGUUCUUCUCUGUUUUUCCGGCGAGAUGGGUAGGUCAUCUGUGCGGUUUGACCUCUACGGUUUCUCGUUCUCUGGUGGCUCGUCGGUUCGAUGGUGGCGCUUUCGGUUUUGAGGACGACUGAGAGGCUGCCCGUAGCCGCUUGUCAGUCAUUGGAGGUGAGUUUGUUGCCGUUGGUGAGAAUGGUUUUGUGUUGGCGGAGCUUUCUAGAGAGAUGGCUGUUCACUUUAGCUCGUUUCUUGUUGGCAUGGAGCCUUCUGGGAGCGUGGAGGAGUAGCAGCUUCUCAUACCUGUGUGGUGGCGGAUCUGCGAAAGCGGCAGCGUUAAGGUUUCAAGAGUCGGGUCUUUUCCUUGGAUCUGGCGUGCUUAGGCCGCGGGGCUCCUCCGGGGUGCUUGAACGAAGGCGUUUGGUGAUGGAUCCUGUGUCGGCUUGGACACCCGCCAGGUGAUGUCCCGGACUUCAGAGUGAUAGUCACCGGUGUUCACCGGAGUAGGGAGCAAACUCCCUUUUGCCUUAUUUCCCUAGCUUUGAACCUCUCUUGCUUAGCAUGUUUUGUGUUUAGAUUUUAGCUUUUCACCUUAUAACCUAGCCUGCCGUUUACUUUGUCGCCGGGAUCUAUGUAUUGCUCCGAUUUGCCUCUUUUGGGAUGAAAUAUUAAUAUAUAAUUAUUUUAAAUAAAAAAAAACUAUGGGCUAUAAAGACCAUUUAAACCAAAUACAUAGAGAAACCUAUACAAAAACGAAAUGUGGAGUUAAUAAAUUCUGAAAAAAAAAAAAAAGUAAAGUGGGAUGGGUCCAUGUUUAUUGUGCAUGUGACAAACAAACAAAGCCCACACCAUUAAUGAGAAGUUGAAGAGAAAUUUAUAUGCUUUUUCAACUUCAAUUCUUUCUCUCUUGUUUCCUAUUCUGUACUCUGUCCGGAUUUUGCCCAUAACUUCUUCUGUGUUUCUUAUUUCUGUUUCCACAAUGGUCUAGUUGCAGCCCACGUGAGAAUCAUUACCAUGAAGUGUUUUUAUUAGUUUUGUUAUUAGACAUUCCAAUAAAUUCACUGUACUGUGUCAGGAUAACUGGAUAAGUGUAGCUUAAUGAUAGUAUAAUAUAAGACCAUCUCCAUCGGAGUGUCUUAAAGGGGGGUUCCAAAGAAAAGGAAAAAAAAAUAAUCAUUUCUCUUCACUGAAUGUAGACGUACCCUCUCUUCAAAUAAAUAAAAACACAACACAUUUAGAAGAACAGAGAGAUAAAACAGAAAAAGAAGAAGAUCUAAUCCAUGGGUGGCUCCACAAGCAAGCAAAAGAGAGACACGGCAAGGAGAAGUAUCAAGGGGAGAUCAAAUGAAGAGAGGAGGAGACCAACAAGAAGAGAGCUGGAUGAGAAAGAGAGAGUCAUUUCGGCUCUGAAGAUGGCUGAGACAGAGUGGAGGAAAGAGAGGAAGAAUCUGAGAGAAGAGGUGAAGAAGCUGAGGCAAAAGAUGCAAGAGAAAGAAGAAGCAAAGGCGAAACAAAACGAGUGGGAAUGGGUCGUGGAACAGAUGUGCUUAGAGAGAGCUGUGAGGGAAGAAGCUGUGGAGAGGUGGAAACAACUCUAUUUCGCUAUUAAGACUGAGCUUGAUGAUCUGAUCCACACAACAUAUGUUGUAGGAGAGACACUGCGACAGAAACCGCAUGAAGGAGGAGCAAAGAACACAGUGCAAGAACUCAGGAAGGAAGUUAAAGUUAGAGAAGAAACCAUUGAGACACUCAAAGGAAGAAUAGCUUUGAUGGAGAAACAAAGACAUGGGAAGGAAAGAGAGAUCGAUUUGCUGAGACAGAGUCUACGAAUCCUCGGCAGUAGCAGCGGGAAGAACAAGGCACCUUCAUCUGCUCCCAAAAAUCUGCCGACAUUCAAAACAAAAUUCAUCGCAUGUAAAUAACAUUUACUUUAGUCAUAUAUUAAAUCACUUCCCCACAGGGAUUGCUGAAUAGGUAGUAGACUCAGUAAGGUUCAAGACACUGUAAGCCAUUUAUUUCUAUAUAUACUUCACAAGUAAUAUAUAUGAAGCAUCGAGAAAACCA